AUGUUAGAAAAAAAGUUUGCUGACAUUGACAAGAAAUUUGAGAAUGUUUUAAACAAGAACAAGAGGAAGUUAGAAAAUGCUCAGAUAAAGCCUAUACAUGACAAGUUCUUAUUUGCUCAGAAUGGUAUAACAGGUCUAAUUGCACCACCUGGGUCUGGUAAGACUUUCACUUAUCUUAAAAUGGCUGCACAACAACAAGAACUAGAUGAGAAGAACCCAUUCUAUGAGUUAGUUGUCAUUUGUAGUACUUCUGGUCAAUUUGACCAAACCGUCAAUUCGUUCAAAGAUAUUAUAAAGAAGUCUAAGUUAGUAUGUAUAAAAGACUCUGAGUUGUUAGAUUGGAUAAAGAAGUACCAAAGAAGAGUUUUGAAGUAUAAUGCUAUAAAUGAGUAUAUAAAUUCUAAGUUUAAAGACCCUAAUGAGGAAAUGCAGAGAAUAUUAGAGAAGAAACACUUCAGAAACAAACAGAAAGAGAUAGAAUACAUUUCGAAGAAAUUGCAAUCUUACGAUUGGAAGACUUACCCUCAUAGAUGUCUUCUUAUCUUAGAUGACUUUGCUUCUCAUCCUUUGUUAAAGAACAGAGAACAAGAUAUGUGUCGAAUUCUUAAGAAGCUCAGACACUUUAACAUCUCAGUUGUCAUUUGUGUACAGACAGCAAAGAGUUUAA